GGUUGUGUAGGUCUUCCUUCACCCCCCUACCCAUUUCUUUGUAAGCAUGAAUUUGACUCAUGCCCCAAUUGCCUUUUUUAAAAAACAAGCACAAUGAGGAAAGGGUUAAAUAAAUAGAGUUCUGGUUUGCAGAGAGGCGCAUGAAUCUGCGAAGGGCAGAUGUGAAGGCAGCGGCUUUGUGUCCCUUCUCCUUUCUUGGGAAACUGGCUUUUGCAUUGCCUCUGCAUCAGGAAGAACUGGGAGGUCCUUGAGACGUUCCCAGGGGGUGCGAUGCAAAGACCUCAAGGAGAGGAGCAAAGAAACAUGCCAGGAAUAAAAGUGGAAACAGAGGAUCCAACCGAAGGUGGACCAGGGGAGACAGACCUUCACAUCGUCCAGGUUGAGGCCAGCGGAGAACUUUUGGGGGGAGGAGCCACAUGCAAAAUUAAGCAGGAACCCAACGAAGGGCUGGAGCAGAGCUGGGAAGGUCCACGGUAUGAUGUCCCCUUUCCUCAGCCAGGAUGGGACAACCCACAGCCAUCAAUCAGGUCUCAAUCAGGAGACAUUCCUAAGGAUUUUAAAUAUUCCAUCAAGGGAUUCACGGAUACCAGAUGGUGGCCUCAUGGAGAUUGGGGGGCUCAAGCGCAGCUGGGCAUUCCUAGAGAAUCCCACCAGGCUGACAAAAUCCCAGAUCUUUCUGGGAACAUAUCAGAAAGGAAGAUUCUGGGUAAGGACACAGUCAGCUUGGAGGUCCGUUGCUGGCGCUUCCGGCGCUUCUCCUAUUGGGAGGCCGAGGGGCCGCAAGAAGUAUUUGGCCAUCUCUGGGAGCUGUGCCGUCAGUGGCUACAGCCAGAGAGACGCACCAAGGAGCAGAUCCUGGAGCUGGUGAUCCUGGAGCAGUUCCUGAUGAUCCUGCCAGAGGAAAUGCAGAGCUGGGUCAAGGAGCACGGACCGGAGACUGGUAACCAGGCAGCAGCUCUGGCGGAAGAUUUCCUCCUGAUGCUGAAGCAGUCUGAGAACCACAAAGAGCAGGCACCGUUUGGGCAGGAUCUGUCAGACACUACCACGAUGCAGCUUUCUACAGAGGCCAAGGAGGAGGGCAAGGCAGAGACCACCAUUCCAGCAACUGACUGGCAAGCAAAUGUGAAAGAGGAGCCAGAGGAGGAAGAAGAUCUUCCUCUGGAAGGUUCUGAGCCAGGAGACAUCCCCAGAGCCUCAUGGGAAAGCGCCGAAGGGAAAUGUCUCCAGGUUCCUGCAAUGGAACCGGUGCCUGGGCGUUUGCAGAGUCAAGAAAAUCACCUGGAAAACCAUCCUUGGAAAAUGAUGGAGCAAACCUUUCCCUGUGAGGAUGCUCACAUAGCCCCACCUGAAAGGGCCUUUCAAGAUGGCAUGCUCAGGCGUAAGAGAAAGAGGGUGGGUGCGGAUGGUGGGAAAAGCCUGCGCCAGAGCUUUGACCUUCUGGAGAAGCAGAGACUGCAGACUGGAGAAAAGGCAUAUAAAUCCUCAGAAUGGGGGAAGAGCCUCAAGUUGAGGCUGCACCUCAACAUGCCUGAAAGAAAAUACCUGGGAAGGAAAUCCUCCAUCUGGUCAGACUUUGGGAAAAAGUUCCCUCAGCCUUACGAUGUCCCUCAACCCCAGGAAAUCCAGGCACGGACCAACAAGCAUGUAUGUUCAGAGUGCGGAAGAACCUUCAGCAGGCAAUCCCACCUCCUUAUACAUCAACGCAUGCACACCGGAGAAAAACCGUACACGUGUUCAGAGUGUGGGAAGAGCUUCAGCUAUAGCUCAGUCCUUACAGAACAUGAAAGAAUCCACACUGGGGAGAAGCCUUACGAGUGCUCGGACUGUGGGCAGACCUUCAGCCGCAGGUCAUACCUCAUUCAGCAUGAGAGGACCCACACGGGAGUGAAACCUUACGAAUGUGCAGAGUGCCAGAAAUGCUUCACGCGUCGCAGUGGCCUUCUUCGCCAUCAGAAGCUCCACAUGGCAAAGAAGCUGGGUUGAAAGCACAGUCCCCCCACUCUUUUUUUACUAUGCAUUAAAGAUAAUAAUAUUGAGUCUUCACAGCUGCUGGAGAAUCUUAUGAAUAAAUAUGUAGGUUGUGCAUUUUUAAAAAAAAUUGUUUCU